AAUCGGUAUUUCAGGAAUUUACAGUUUCCUCUUUAUGUUUCACUUUCACUUUCUCCCUAAAGUAAAUGCUGAGGUUGCAAGAGAUGAAGAUUUUUAUGGUGGGGAGGGUGGAGGUAUUUCUGCUCGGGUGUGACUUGUUCCUGCUGCAUGUGUAACGUGUUUCUCAUAGUUCUCCUGCUGCUCCCUCGCUCCCCUUUGUUGUCUUUGCGGAAACAGGGACAACCCUAAUGAAACACUACAAAACAGAGGCAUUGCAACAUUUUUCUGCUUCUAGUUGUGACCGAGGAUAAAGAAUGGGGCGGGUCUCUGUUCACUGGGAGAAUCCUGCUAUACAGAGCCACAAACUGCAGCUGGAUCAGUGAUUCUUCACACACAGGAAUUAUGAAUUGCUCCUCUUACCUGCAGGACCAAAAGAAAGAGAAUGCUCAGCUUCAGGUUUGCCUACAUCUUCUCUUAUAACCUGUUCCAGUUCUGUGGACACACUUGGAUACUGGCUAACACCAUAGCCAGGUUUCUCACAUUUGGUCAAGAUGCCUUAGCAGACACAUUCUACUCUGUCGGAUUUGUGAUGAGUCUCUGCCAGCUGCUCUCCAUUCUGGAGCUUUUCCAUAUCGCAGAUGGGAUUGAGAAAGCCAGGCUCCUUCCUCGCUUCGUGCAAGUGAUGGAGAAGAACCUCCUGCUGGUCAUGGUCAUCUUGUUGGAGGAGUUCCAGAGUAAACCGGUCGUGUGUAUCCAGUUCUUCUUGUGGAACAUUUUGGACCUCUUGCGGUACCCACAUGAACUACUACUGUGUGUUAUGGAUACACCCUCCAUUGCCAUGCUGUGGACUCGCUAUACUCUCUGGAUCCCCUUAUAUGUUCUGUCAGUCAUCAGUGAAGGUGUCACUGUAUACCAGGCCCUGCCUUACAUUGAGCAGGUAGUAUCGCACUCUGCUCCACUGAGGUUGACAGUGACAACACAUCUUCACCUGCCCCUCAUCCUGAUGGUCUACCUGCCUGUCCAUGGUCUUGGAGCCUCUGUAACAGUCUGGCAGCUGCUGAAGGAGAGACAACACCACGUGGAGAAAUGGAACAAGAAGAUGAAAAGGAAAUGACUCAAUUAAACUGAAUGUUUGGAUGCUUCCUGAAAUUUCUCUGAACAGAUUUUUGUAGAUUUUUUUAAAGGACUAUGAAAACUUCAAUUGAAGGGUGUUACUUUUUUAAUUCAGUCAGUUUGCUUUGUAGCACAGUGGUUAGCAUUGUUACCUCACAGUAAGAAGGUUUCCUUCUGUGCCUUGCUGUGCGGAGUUUGCAUGUUCUCUCUGUGAAGUAGAGCACAGUGGCAGUGCAGUCCGAAACAGUGGGAGGUCGGGGUAACAAGUCUGCCACAUUCUUCAAAACCAGAGGAGGCAACACUAGGAAACCAAACAGUGAUCCAGCAGAACCACAGGUUUUGUUCAGUGCACAAGGAAUAAAGUACCAUAUGGGGGUUUAUUCCUUUGAGAGCCAGAUUUAUUGAUUUCAGGUUUAGUUAUUGUUAAUGUUAGUGUUAAUGAAUCCAUCUCAAUUUAAUUCAUGUUGACAUUGAGAGAAAAUCUCAAUGUUCUCUCUAAGGCCAUUAAAUUGAAAGCUGAACAUUCUGCUGUUUGAGGUCAACUGAGAGUUCAGGCACAUCUUUCUUCUAAGACGGAUCCCCCGAA